UGUGUGUGUGCGAGUGAACCGCUCUCUCUUUCUUUCCUCUGGUCUGUGUGUGUCAGUGCCAGCUCAGUGUGAACGCCUGGGAGGCCAGUCCAGUGAUGAACCCCACUGACACCAGCCCUGCCAGCCCACCCAACACCCAGCUAAUUAGAAUAAGCAGAGCCAGAGAGCCAUGUUAGAGUUACUAUCUGUAGACUGUAAAGGGACAGAGAGAAUAACAGGACGAAACACAUAGGAUGAUUAGCCCUUACUCUUUACUGCAACACCCAGUUAUACAGUAAUGCUGACUAUGCUACUGUAUAGUGUGAAGCCGAUUCAGGGUAGUGGUGCUGUUAAUAUAUUACUGGGAUCAAUGAUUUGUCCCAUAAAUACCUGUUAAACCUCUUGUGAUUCACCGUACAUAGAGAACCCAAUUGGGCCAGGAACCGAAAGGUUGCUGGAUCGAAUCCCCGAGCUGACAAGGUAAAACUAUUGUUCUGCCCCUGAGCAAGGCAGUUAACCCACUGUUCCCCAGGCACUGUGGAAGUGGAUUAAGGCUGCCCCCUGCACCUCUGAUUCAGAGGGUUAAAUGUGCAGGACACAGUUCAGUUGAAGGCAUUCAGUUGUACAGCUGACUAGGUAUCCCCCUUUCCUUUCCCAAUAUGAAUCAGCAUUGUGGAUUAAAGGUAGUCCUUGACAAUGCACUGCACCAGCCAGUUGUUUUUUAUUACCUAGGACUCUGUAAUCCAAGGCUGGUCUGUACAGUAGUCAUGGACUCUUUUCAGAUAUAGACUCCCACCAUACCCUUUUUGGUUGUGUUGGUUGUAAAUGCAGGUCGUCCAUUUGUCUGCUUGUCCGUCUAGUGUCCUGUGUUGUUGUGUGCGUGACUAGAGACAGGACAGUAGCAUGUCUGUGUUGUUGUGUGCGUGACUAGAGACAGGACAGUAGCACGCCUGUGUUGGUCUGUCCGUUAUCCUACCUUGAGGCAGGACGAUGUUCUGUCUUUGUUUAUGGCUCAGCUACAUGCAGUGGCUUGUUCUGCAUGCUCUUUAUGUCUCUACUCCUCUUCACUUUGAUGCUAUUGUUUGUUUUUUCAUCCUCAUCACAGCUUAAUAGAAUUCAGCCAUUUAUCCCUGAGCUACUUUUCUUCUGUAUUUUAUAGGAUUGCUGGAAGUGUUAUAAAAUAGAGAUGAGGGAAGAAUACCUGACAAAGUCGCUGUAAAUAAGGACUGCAUUCAGAUUGCAUAUUGACCCUUGAGGGUUCCCCAAAACCAGUGGGCUGUACCAAUGUAAAUAUUUUCAACUCUACGGGGGUGCCACUGCCUACGUUAAUACCGCUAAUAACUAUGGGGCUCCCCAGCACGCUAGAACACCCCUGCUGCUGGAAACCAUUGUUAGAUCAACCACUGUAGCUCCUCGGCUGCUUGUUUUAACAAUGGAGCAUGACAGUCCCUUUGUGAAGCCACUCUAUUCAAUGUCUGUUUGUUUACGCCCAGGCUUGAUUUGAGUCAUGUUUUGACGUAAGAUAUUCAUCCCUGCUGAGUCCCCUCAGACACAACAGCAGUAUCAUCACUGAGGCACAGCACACAGCCACACACUUCUGAGAGACUAAAACUUCCCACUGGGCACAGACGCCAAUUCAGCAUCUAUUCUACGUUGGUUCAAUGUCAUUUCAUUGAUAUGACCUGGAAACAACGUUGAUUCAGCCAGUGUGUGACCAGUGGAGAGAGAGAGGCAUAACAUAUUGAUACUACUAUUGUGACCAGCAAACAUUUCCUCAAACCAUAAAAAGAGAGGCACGUUAAGGAAUAAAACACAUUUUCCCUAAACGUUCCUUUCUCAGAAAUGCUGCCAUCUCCUACGGUGUGUAGCAUUUCCAAGGAUGUAGCAUCCUAGGCUUAGUUCCAUCCUAGUAAAUCUGGCAGCAAUGUUUGUGUAUGUGCAUGUGUGUGUGUGUUGACUGUCUAAACGCCCCUGCAGGGACCAGUUAGACCACGGAUCAGUUCAGUCAUAACGUGACCAGUGUGAGUUUCCUCUGUUCUCAACACACUGACUGGCUGGGCUGCUGGGGCCAGGACACAUACAUAACUGAGUAUUCAGAGAAGACUGGGAGUCCUCUGUUCAGCUCUUUCAUUCUGCACCUGUACUGUCCCUAUACUGUACCUGUACUGUCCCUGUAGUGUACCUGUACUGUACCUGUACUGUCUCUGUAGUGUCCCUGCAGUGUACCUGUACUGUACCUGUAGUGUCCCUGCAGUGUACCUGUACUGUACCUGUACUGUACCUGUAGUGUCCCUGCAGUGUACCUGUACUGUACCUGUACUGUCUCUGUAGUGUCCCUGCAGUGUACCUGUACUGUACCUGUACUGUCUCUGUAGUGUCCCUGCAGUGUACCUGUACUGUCCCUGUAGUGUCCCUGUAGUAUCUCUAGUGUCUCUGUAGUGUCCCUGUAGUGUCUCCGUCGCUCUCACGUCCUCACAGAGUCUCCUGUGAUGUCACCGUGUGACCGUGCUGUUGAUGCCAGCAGCUUUUUUCCAUAGAUACCUCUCCUCCCCGCCCUCCUCCGCCCGGUUCCCCUCCCACCCCACCUGACAGUCCUCUGGUCCCAGGUCAGACACUAUCUGGCUGAGAGAGAAAGUGCGUCAGCCAGCCAAUUUACAGCAGUCCCCAGUGGGUGACCUCCAGGAGAGACCUAUGAGACACAGGAAGGAGGUCUUUGUGUGUCCGGGCACACUGCUGCGGGUACAGGCGGCCAGCUCGCUGCAGGAGGCGGAGCAUCAGUCGGGGGCAUGGUGUAAGGACCCCCUGCAGUCAGGUGACCGGCUCUAUGUUAUGCCUUGGACUCCCUACCGCACCGACAUGCUGUAUGAGUACGCCUCCUGGGACGACUUCAGACAGAACCGCGCCACCACCACCUACAAGUUGCCGAACCGUGUUGAUGGCACAGGCUUCGUGGUAUACGACGGCGCCGUGUUCUACAAUAAGGAGCGCACACGCAACAUGGUCAAGUAUGACCUGCGCACACGCAUCAAGAGCGGCGAGGCCAUUAUCGCCAACGCCAACUACCACGACACAUCGCCCUACCGCUGGGGUGGGAAGAGCGACAUCGACCUGGCGGUGGACGAGAACGGGCUGUGGGUCAUCUACGCCACAGAGUCCAACAACGGACGACUGGUGGUCAGCCAGGUGAACCCGUACACCCUGCGCUUCGAGGGCACCUGGGAGACCAGCUUCGACAAGAGGCUGGCAUCCAACGCCUUCAUGGCGUGCGGCGUGCUCUACGCCGUGCGCAGCGUCUACCAGGACGACGACAGCGAGGCCGGCGGGGACCUGAUCCUUUACGCCUACAACACGAACCGAGCCCGGGAGGAGCCCGUCCACAUCCCCUUCCCUAACCCCUACCAGUACGUCUCCUCUGUGGACUAUAACCCCAGAGACAACCAGCUCUACAUCUGGAACAACUAUAAUGUUCUGAGAUACCCGCUGGAGUUCGGACCACCGGACCCCACCACCGGCCCUUUGACGACCACUCAGGUUACCAGCACCACUCCAGCCCGACCUUUCACCUCCAGUUCUAGCCCUGCUACCACCCGCCCCCUGGCCCCCACUUCUCACCCCAUUGGCGCUAUCAACAAGGGCCCUGACCUGCGGCCAAUCACAGCCACCGUACCAGUCACCAGGCGGCCUCCCCGCCCACCCGUCCAGGGCCCAGAGCUCCAGGUGUGUGAGUCCAGAGUGGCCAGAGGGGUGCAGUGGCCCUCCACCCAGAGAGGAGAGACUGUGGACCGCCCCUGUCCUAAAGGAUCACUAGGCAUCGCAUCGUUCCAGUGCUUGGCGGCUCCGGUCAUGUGGAACCCUCGGGGCCCUGACCUCAGUAACUGCACCUCUCCCUGGGUCAACCAGGUAGCCCAGAAGAUAAAGAGCGGUGAGAAUGCUGCCAACAUAGCCGGGGAGUUGGUGAACCACACACGGGGGCGGAUCCACGCUGGUGAUGUCAGCUCGUCAGUGCGUCUGAUGGAACAGCUGCUGGACAUACUGGAUGCCCAGCUUCAGGCCCUGCGGCCCGGCAACAAGGAGUCAGCCGCACGCAACUACAACAAGCUCCAGAAGAGAGAGCGGACCUGUCGGGCUUACAUCCAGGCGGUAGUGCAGACAGUGGACAACCUGCUACGUACAGAGGCCCUGGAGUCGUGGCAGGACAUGAACACUACGGAGCAGGCCCACACCGCCACCAUGCUAUUGGACGUCCUGGAGAAAGGAGCCUUUCUAUUGGCCAACAACAUGUACGGCAACCGCUUCACCGACCGGGCCCCCAAUAUCGAUCUGGAGGUGCACGUGUUGAACACAGAGAUGGACCUUCAGGACCUGUCCUUUCCUCAGGACUACGUGAGCGACAGCACCAUCCAGCUCUCCGCCUCCACCAUCAAACAGUACAGCCGCAAUGGCCAAGUCAAGGUAGUGUUUGUUCUUUAUAAGAACUUGGGCUCCUUCCUGUCUACGGAGAACGCCACGGUGAAGAUGGAGCUGGAGGCGGCACCGGGGGAGCGGGGCUUGGCGGUCAACUCCCACGUCAUCGCCGCCUCCAUCAAUAAAGAGUCCAGCAGAGUGUUCCUCACUGAGCCGGUGGUGUUCACACUCAAACACUUACAGUUGGAGAACCACUACAGUCCCAACUGUUCGUUCUGGAAUUACUCUGAGCGGUCGAUGACAGGCCAGUGGUCGUCUCAGGGCUGUAGACUGCUGGACACCAACAGCACACACACCACCUGCUCCUGUUCCCACCUCACCAACUUUGCUGUGCUCAUGGCCCACCACCAGCCUGAUUACCCUGGGAGGAUGCACGAGUUGAUCCUGUUUGUUAUCACUUGGGUGGGCAUAGUGAUCAGCCUGGUGUGCCUGGCUAUCUGCAUCUCUACCUUUUGCUUCCUGAGGGGCCUGCAGACCGACCGCAACACCAUUCACAAGAACCUCUGCAUCAACCUCUUCAUCGCAGAGCUCCUCUUCCUUAUCGGCAUCGACAAGACCCAGUACCACAUUGCCUGUCCAAUCUUUGCUGGGCUGCUUCACUUCUUCUUCCUGGCUGCAUUCUCCUGGAUGUGUCUGGAGGGGGUGCAGCUCUAUCUGUUGCUGGUGGAGGUGUUUGAGAGCGAGUACUCCCGCAAGAAGUACUACUACCUGUGUGGCUACUGCUUCCCAGCUCUGGUGGUGGGCAUCUCGGCAGCCAUAGACUACCGGAGCUAUGGGACCAAGAAAGCGUGCUGGUUGCGGGUGGAUAACUACUUCAUCUGGAGCUUCAUUGGCCCUGUUUCUUUUGUUAUUAUGCUGAACCUGGUGUUCCUCAUAAUCACCGUGCACAAGAUGACCCGCAACUCCUCUGCCCUAAAACCUGACUCCAGCCGCCUCGACAACAUCAAGUCAUGGGCUAUUGGGGCCAUCGCCCUGCUCUUCCUGCUUGGUCUGACCUGGUCCUUCGGCCUCCUCUUCAUCAACGAGAACACGGUCAUCAUGGCCUACCUCUUCACCACCUUCAACGCCUUCCAGGGCAUGUUCAUCUUCAUCUUCCACUGCGCCCUGCAGAAAAAGGUCCAUAAGGAGUACAGUAAGUGUCUGCGUCACUCGUACUGCUGCAGCCGUACCUCCACCACCAGCUCCCACGGCUCCCUGAAGAACUCUGCCCUGCGUGCCAACAACCGCUACUACACUGGCAACCAGGCCCGCCACGCUGCCGCACACAGACAAAGUCGGAUCCGCAGGAUGUGGAACGACACGGUUCGGAAGCAGACGGAAUCUUCCUUCAUGGCGGGAGACAUCAACAGUACUCCUUCACUCAACCGUGCCACCAUGGGAAACCACCUCCUGACCAACCCAGUGUUACAGACCCGUACCGGCACCUCUCCCUACAACACCCUACUGGCUGAGAGCUUCACUCCCCCUUCUCCUGGGGUCUUCAACUCCACCGGAACCUUCCGUGACCCAAAGAACACUCUGUGUAAGGCCCGUGAACCAUGUGGUAUGGACACCCUGCCCCUCAAUGGUAACUUCAACAACAGCUACUCCCUCCGCAGCGUGGGGCCGGUGGGCGGCGGCGGGGGCAGCUGUGACUUCCUGGGCGGGGGCAUGGGGUGUGCAGACACCCCCCCUCCCCUCCUCAACCCCCGCGGGUCUGAGACCCUGGGCGGUGACGGAAUCCGGCGCAACCUGUCUGACGCAGCUGCCUUCGAGAAGAUGAUCAUCUCUGAGCUAGUGCACAACAACCUGCGUGGGGGAGGAGCUGGGGGCGGGGAUAGGGUCUGUGGUAGUCUGGCGAGGGGCCCUCCUCACGGCGGAGUAGGCCGAGGCACGGGAGUAGCUGUGCCAGAGCCAAGCAUCAGCCUAGACGACGACGAGGACUUCCUGUCCAGAGAAGGCGGGCACCAGAGGACGCCGCAGGACAUGGAGCUGCUCUACAAAGCCCUGGAGGAGCCGCUGCUGGUGCAGAGAGCCCAGUCUGUCCUUUACCAGUCUGACCCCGAGGAGUCAGAGAGCUACACGGCCGACCUCACAGAGAGCCUGGGCCACAGCGGCCACAGUGGGCACAGCGCCGGAGGCCAGGGGUCUGGGGGACAGGGGCCUGACUCUCCCGCCAGGGACUCCCUGUACACCAGCAUCACCAACCUACGAGACUCGCCCUACCCAGACAGUAGCCCCGAGCCCCUGGAGGUGGUGCCCCGCUCGGCCCAGCCCCCUGAGGAGCUCUAUUACAGCUCUGGGAGGCCCGCCCUGGGGUCUCGAGGAGCACCCAUGCAGACCUUCUACCAGGCCCCGCCCCCCAGGAGGCCCAGCAGGGAGGGGGAGGGGCAUCCCGGCCAGGAGCCCACCCACAGCGAGGGAGAUGGACAGAUGCAGCUGGUCACCAGCCUGUGACUGGAACCGGGAGGAUGCGGACGGGGACCAAGAUGAUGAGGAUGAGGAUGAAGGCUGGCUGGUUGCCUCCUCAGAACCCGCCUCUCUCUCUUUCUCUCGCUCCUCUCCACUUCCUGCUUGAUUGGUUGCCUUUUUUUCCCUUCUUUAUUUGUAUUGAAAGAUGAGCGAACAAAUUUACAUUUAAGGAGAGUUUUAGCUGUCUCCACGGCAACAGUCUUAUCCUAGAGAACCUCCGCUGUCUGGUGGAGAUGAAUGAUGGCUGAGUUGUUCUUCUCUGGAACAUUCACCCGCUCUCUCUCUUCAACAUCCCCCUUUCUCUUGGCACGCAGCAGACAGAUGCCAAGUCCAGCACUCUGAAUGUACCAAUCCAACAAACCCCUUAUACCUUACAGAGCUACAGAUAUUUCUCAACUUAACUUUGUUCAAAGUCAAUUUUAUUUAAUUUCACAGAAUUUCUACAAACAUUCCUCUAGAGAAAUGGUUCUCAUUUUCUAUUUCCCUUUUCUCUUUCCCUUUUUCAUGUUCCAUCUCUCUUUUUGUUCACUCAUCCUUUGCUCGGUGUAGUUAGCUGUGGAGACAGGGGAUAUACUGUAGUAGCCUAUUAUACCAUAGGAAAAAAAUCUCUGAAAGCUACUUCAGUGUUGCCAAAAAUACAUUUUCCCAGCCAGAACAGAAACUGGAGCAUUCGCACACACACAGACAUACACACACACACACGCACACGCACACACACACACACACACACACACACACACACACACACACACACACACACACACACACACACACACACACACACACACACACACACACACACACACACACACACACACACACACACACACACACACACACACACACACACGCUCACUCACUCACAGAAGUGCUUGUUUCUGAACAUCAGACACAACCCUCCAUCUGAGUAAAAAGAAGCCAGAACAAUUGUUCAGACAAGGCAGUUGGAGCUGCCUAAGAGUAGUUGCCUUUAUUUUAUCUUGCUAUGAACUGACUCUUAUGUACAGAACUAGAGGAGAGACUGAGGAAGUAGGAAGUACAGCACAGGACAGGAAGGCUGUUUGAGGGGUCAGGGGUCAAGAGAUAGAUCUUUAGGACUCGAGGAAUGGACAAGGACUUUUUUGGGUGGGGGGGGCUUUUUUGUUAUUUUCUUCAGACAUUUAAAAAGUAAAAGACUGCUUUACUAACUUUGGAGAAGAAUUUGUUAUCUUGAUGACUUUCUAUUGCAUCACCCGGAGGGUUAUUAAGGGACAGAUUGUGCACCCUUUAAGAAUGGAUGCCCUCUUCAAUGGAUGUGUACACGUCACCUGUGUGUGGUUGUGACAGAAUGGACUCUAAAUGUUGGAACCACUUCAGCCGUUACGCAAGUCUAACCCUGUACAUAUGAACCACACAAACUACAGUACUUACUCUACUCCUACCGUGUAAAUAGAGAAACCAGAUGAAGAAAAGCAACAAAAAAGUAAGAAAUACUAAAAACUGACUUCUUGUACUGCAACAAAACAACAAAAGAAAAAAAGAAAAUGUUUUGGAGUUUGUGACCUGAAUGAUGCACUCUAUCUCUCUGCCCGUCAUUCUUUAUCUUGCUCUCUCACUGUUGUUCUCUUGAGUCAUAACUAGUGCUGUGCCAUUCAGUGAAAAUCUCUCGAACAGAAAAACAGAGAGAGAGAAAGAGUAUGAUGGGUGGUAGAUUUUGCAUACAAAUAAAAACGUUUAAAAAAAAGUUCUGGCACAAUUUUAUGUAAUAUAAUCCAUUACAUGUUGUUAAUGUUUGACCUUUGACAUUCCCAGACAGGAAGUGCUCAGUGUGGGCGGGAGUAGGGGGGAUAGAUGUCAUAAUAACAUGUCAUACUGUGCCUCAUCACGGGCGUUCCAAUGCAUUGUGGUUCAAGGACAGCAGCCAUAAUGUGAUUUUGGUCAGUAAUGUAUUGUUUGAACGGUUAUAUCCUAGAUAUAACUAAAUGAUAUCAUUUUAAUAUGAUGGGUUUUAGCAUGUCAGAUAGCGUUUGUUUUCUAUCAAAAUGUCUUUCAUUUUGCUGUUUCUAACAAAUAGUUUCAGCAUUAUUCCAGAGCCUAAUGUGACAAUGAAUUCCCUACGUGUGUGUGUGUGUGUGUGUGUGUGUGUGUGUGUGUGUGUGUGUGUGUGUGUGUGUGUGUGUGUGUGUGUGUGUGUGUGUGUGUGUGUGUGUGUGUGUGUGUGUGUGUGUGUGUGUGUGUGUGUGUGUGUGUGAGAGAGAGAGAGAGAGAGAGAGAGAGAGAGAGAGAGAGAGAGAGAGAGAGAGAGAGAGCGUGUGUGUGAGAGAGAGUUUGUGUGUGUGCGUACUUGUGCAGGAGAGUGUGUGUACAUGUGGGUGUGUGAUAUGCUCAAGCAUAUGUACCAUAUUGGUGGGAAUUUUGUAAGUGUGUACAUUCAAAAAGCUAUUUUUGUUGGGUGAAUUGAAUGCACAUCAGAGGAAGGGGACAGUAAUUCUAUAUCUAGGAGAAAGCAUUUUAUUCUAUUAGCUUCCAUCUCAAAGACAAGGGAGGCCAGCUGCGUCUGUGUGGCUGUUCCUGCGGGUUCAGCUACCAAACUGGGACACUUCAGGCUGCCUCACAGGAUCUUGAGCAAGGAACAAUGACAGGGUUUGUUCGAAAUGGCACCCUAUUUCAUAUGUAGUGCAGUACUGACCAGGGCCUCCCUAUGGAGUGAACAACUAUUGACCAGAGCCCUAUGGAGUGAACUACUAUUGAUCAGAGCCCUAUGUAGUGUUCUACUAUUGACCAGAGCCCUAUGUAGUGAACUACUAUUGACCAGAGCCCUAUGUAGUGAACUACUAUUGACCAGAGCCCUAUGUAGUGAACUACUAUUGACCAGAGCCCUGUGCAUUGAACUACUAUUGACCAGAGCCCUAUGUAGUGAACUACUAUUGACCAGAGCCCUAUGUAGUGAACUACUAUUGACCAGAGCCCUAUGUAGUGAACUACUAUUGACCAGAGCCCUAUGUAGUGAACUACUAUUGACCAGAGCCCUAUGUAGUGAACUACUAUUGACCAGAGCCCUAUGUAGUGAACUACUAUUGACCAGAGCCCUAUGUAGUAAACUACUAUUGACCAGAGCCCUAUGUAGUAAACUACUAUUGACCAGAGCCCUAUGUAGUGAACUACUAUUGACCAGAGCCCUAUGUAGUGAACUACUAUUGACCAGAGCCCUAUGUAGUGAACUACUAUUGACCAGAGCCCUAUGUAGUGAACUACUAUUGACCAGAGCCCUAUGUAGUGAACUACUAUUGACCAGAGCCCUAUGUAGUGAACUACUAUUGACCAGAGCCCUAUGUAGUGAACUACUAUUGACCAGAGCCCUAUGCGAACAAAGACAGAACUUGGAACAAAGACGCAUGCUGUGUUCAAAAUGUAACCAUAGGGCACAACUUUUCACCAGGGCAAAAGUUGUCCACUAUGUAGGGAAUAGGGUGCCAUUUCAGACACAGACAGUACAGUCAGAAUGACAGGCAGAGUUGACCAAUGGGACCAUCCAGUCAGAAUGACAGGCAGAGUUGACCAAUGGGACCAUCCAGUCAGAAUGACAGGCAGAGUUGACCAAUGGGACCAUCCAGUCAGAAUGACAGGCCGAGUUGACCAAUGGGACCAGAAUGUCAGAAUAUUGCGUUGCCGUAUGAAAGCGAAUCCAGAGAGAAACCAUCCAUCAAACCAGAGACGUAUUCAUGAGGUUCCUUCCCCCUAAAGUCUGUCCCAACCUUAAAUAGCUCUUUAUUUAUGUAUUUUUCUAAUGCUUUAUUUAUCUCUAUAUUUAUUUAUGUAUUUGGAAUAUUUAUUUCUAUGUUCAUUUAUUCAUGCUUUAUUUUUUAUUUUUCAAAAUCUCUGUCUGUACAUAGCUGAGCUGAGCUGUGCAAUGCGAAUGCUGAAAUAAGCCCAUUUAAAUGUGCAGUACAUUUAGGCAAGUAGAUGGAUUCUCCAGCGUCCACUUCAGGGUGACAUUUGGUUAGGGCCUGGGUGUCCCACUUCUUCCUAAAGAGUCCUAAAGGGCACAUUGACUUUAGUUGUGGCUCUUGGGGGAGAAAGAGAAGGAUUGAGAGCCGGGAUAGAAUUAAGAAUAUAUUGGGUUUUUCCUCCAUUUCUUCUUGGUAGAGGAAUCUCUCUUAGUUCAGACUCAGAUAGGAGGCCCUGUCAUCAGCAUCCCAGGUAUUCUACGGGAGGCAUGUGUGCAAUACUGUGCUGGUGUGUCUGACUUGGUUUAACAUUAAAACGGCCUGGUUGGGUAGUGUUACUAUAUGCCUACCACUGGACCGCUGUGUAUGUCUGGGUUUACAGAAGGAUCCCAUAAUUAUGCACAUUUUAUUUUGCUUGUUACCGGAAAUAUGAAUUAAACAUUGGCCUUGCAGCUCAUAGUUAAUUCAAUAGCAUUGACCGGUCAGCAAUGGACAAUUGAAUGUAUUUUGAUUAGAAGGAAUAAAGAAAAGGGAAUGAAUGCCCUACAUUGACCGCCAUCAUUAUCAUCAUCACCUCCUACACCUUUAUUGAUGUGAUCUACAAAGUUUACCUUUAGCUGGUAACCUCACAGGGACAGACACUGUGUACCGACAGACUCACCAGGAGGGGAAGAACCUGCAUCACCAUCUCCUGUGUAGGCUCUCUCUCUCUCUCUCUCUCUCUCUCUCUCUCUCUCUCUCUCUCUCUCUCUCUCUCUCUCUCUCUCUCUCGCUCUCUCGCUCUCUCGCUCUCUCUCUCUCUCUCUCUCUCUCUCUCUCUCUCUCUCUCUCUCUCGCUUCCCUCACCUCUCUCACUCCAUCCCAUCUUAUUCCACCAAUGGGCUCUCUUUUAGCCCAGCAUUAAUCCCAGAGUUUUGUUUGGAGUUCAUUUGUUUGUCUAAAGCUUUGUUUACACCAGAUUGAUAUCUCAAUAAACAGUGGAGCCGCACUGUAUUGUGGUAAUGCUAAUGAUUAUACAGCAGAAAGCACUGUAGGACCCAGAGUCCUGCUCAAUGGGAGUUUCACCCCCAUCUAAAUCCCUAUGUUGCCUCUGAUUAGGAUAAUAACACUGGCUAAUCAUUUACUGGGCUGAGACCACAGAGGGAGAGACCUCUAUACACACACACGCACACACGCACACACACACACACACACACACACACACACACACACACACACACACACACACACACACACACACACACACACACACACACACACACACACACACACACACACACACACACAAACAAACACACUCUCUCCCUCCCUCCCCCUCACUCUCUCACCCACUUCCAGCCCACUACUCCCUGUCCGUGCAUCUAGCCCCUACCUCCAUGUGUGCAGGCAGGUGGAUUGAAGGUUCUUAUAGGAUAGAGUUGGAGUCAGUCUGUCCCUUCAGUCUGCGGCCCCUGCAGCUCUACCCCAGUAGAACAGUCAUCUCUCAGUGUUCCAAUAGACAGCGGAGGACCCUGUGAUCUGACAGUAACGUUGCCCUGCUGCUGACCUUCUCAGAUGGACUGUUUCUCUCCCAGAUUUGUGAUGCCCAUAUCCUGUGACCUCUGCGUUAGUGUGAAAACAUGUCAGUGGUUCCUCUGCAGCGGAGCGGAGGAGAGGAGAGGAGGAGCACUGGGUCAUGUAGUCUAUCCCCAGGGAACUGCCAUAAAGGGAGCGGUGUCAGGACAUGUGAUGUCACAGUUAGCCAGGGACAGAGUGUGUGUGGGGGGAAGAGUGUCAGUGUGUCUGUGUGUUCGUGCAAGGUUAUACAGGAAGCAGAGAUAAGGAUGUGAUUUAUUGUUCUAGAUGCCUUACUGUUGCCGUGGUGAGGAGUCAGGAGGUUCCAGUUGAUCAACUAACCAGGCGCAUUAGAUCAACUCCACUGGCCUCACAAACCCAUUGUAACAGUAACACAGAGGUCUCUGUCUGUGUAGUGAAAUUAUUGAGAUAUAAUAGGAAUCAACUGCCACAUCUACUGGACAAGGGAGAUUUUCAGAGUGAUAAGGAAUGCAACAGGCUUUCCUAUAGAGAAUAAUAAAUUAGUACUAUUUUGUUAUUGGUCUCUUAUUACGUGUCCAAAUGACUAUAUACAGUACAUAUAUCAUAGUUUUAAGAAUAUGUAGGAGUAUGAUUACACAAAUGCAGUGACAAGGAUUGUGCUGUUUAUUUUUGUGUUGAGUAACUGUCCGUCCAUGGAGCUCAGUUAUGGCUCAAAGCGGCGGCCAUCUUCUAUACACAGGGUGGGACUACAACAGAUGGAUUUCUGGGUAGGGUAGGCUGGGUACUCUACACCCGGAACCUCUGGUCCAAAAUCAACACACACACACACACACACACACACACACACACACACACACACACACACACACACUACAUGCAUAGUAACACACAUUCAUGUCCAGUCAGGUUAGGUAGUUUAACUACUGUGUACAGUGAAGUGGCGCUAGAGAUCAUAAAAGAUCAUAAGGGAUUUACCGUUUACAUGUUCAAAGUCGAUCCACGUAACCGUAGGAGCUAGGAGCAGGCUGACGUUGACCUAUUCAUUUUUGUAGGCAUGUUUUUCUAUUUCUGAACACACAUCCCAGUACUCUGGCUCCUCUGACUGUGUGACUCUGAUCUAAACUGUGUCUGAAACUCUGCAUGUGCGGAUGACUAACGCUAUGGGACACUGAUGAACCAUCUCUGUAGUGAGCAGCUCCAUGGGACACACAUACUCCCCACGAGGCUGACUGGUCACUGUAGGCUAGAGAUGCUGGUCUAAGUGGCCAGCCACCUAUCAAGGUCUAUUGGUGAGUGUUCUGCAUGGCUGUAAGUGUACAAGGGCAGGGUCUGGGAAAUGUGCAUGAGGUGUUCUGGGCUCUAUACUGUAGGAGUGGCUGUGAUGCUGUUAGUAGCAGGUCAGUAUGUUCAUUGGUCAGACCCAGCCAGACAGUAUUAGACAUUAGGAAUGAGCAGACAGGUAGACAGUCUAAGGCAGAGAAGUGUUGGUAAGAGAUGAGUGUCGACUGGUAGAACUGUUGCUGGGUGUAUGGAUGGAAGGGCUCAGUUUGGGAGGUUCAUCAUCAGUAGGAACUUUGAGGACUGAGUACUGAUCGUGUGCCAUUGGGGUGAUGAUAAUGUGUACAUCUCCAUUUAGAGUACUUCUCUUAGAUUUGACGGGUUUUUCUCCAUUCAUUUAUUCUGUACUGCUGAAUCCUUUCUAAAGACAGGUUGAUGUAAAACCUUGAUUCAGUUUUGUUCUUUUUUUAUUUGAGGACUGAUGUGUGAUUCUUUUCUCACGUCAUUGCUUUGACAGCUGUCUGUCUAUCUGGGCCAAAGGGGUGGUGGUUUUCUGUGAGCGUUUGCGUCAUCGCAGGUCAGCGCGACCCUGUAUCAGCACAUAUUAAUAAAAAACUAUUUAAAAUCGAA